GUGAUACACAAUUUGCUCAUAAUCAGUUUUUCGCUUCCGUCGCUGAAAAUUUAAAUUGUAAAUACCAAAGUAAUUACUCAAGUAAUUACCAGCGCAGACUCUGGAAAAUGAUACGCUUUAUACUCAUACAAAACCGUGCUGGCAAGACUCGCCUGGCGAAAUGGUAUAUGAACUUUGAUGACGAUGAAAAACAAAAACUUAUUGAGGAGGUCCACGCAGUGGUCACUGUGCGUGAUGCCAAGCACACCAACUUUGUAGAGUUUCGUAAUUUCAAAAUCGUCUACAGACGAUAUGCGGGUCUAUAUUUCUGCAUUUGCGUGGACGUCAAUGAUAACAAUUUGUGCUAUCUGGAAGCCAUCCACAACUUUGUGGAAGUGCUGAAUGAAUACUUCCAUAAUGUGUGCGAGCUGGACCUCGUCUUCAAUUUCUACAAGGUCUACAGUGUUGUGGAUGAGAUGUUUUUGGCCGGCGAGAUCCGGGAAACUUCACAGACGAAAGUGCUCAAACAGCUGCUUACAUUAAACUCUUUGGAAUAGAUAGCCAUCUCCAUUAGAACGAUGCAUUCCCAUAAUCCCCCGUGUGGGUAGGCGUUAUACCCGCUUAUCGAAUCUUCUUUCAUAUACUAUUAUGUAUGUAUUAUUAUUAUCUGUAAUGUGUUCUCUAUGCAAACAAAACAAACUCUCAAAUGUUGAAUACCGUGUUUAGAAUCAAAUAAUGUAUUAUAAGAGAUUAAA